AAAAAAAAAAGACAAAAACUCAUCCUCUCCCACUCCUACCCAGCAGAUUCCCCCGUCCCUCUCCAAAAACCCCACUCCCCCACACUCUUACUCUCUAACAAUUAUCACUCUCUCUCUCUCUCCAAAAACCUCACUUCCACACUCUCCCUCUUCUUCCCAACCACCAUGGCAGUGAGUAACAACCUCACAGCAAUCCUAAACUUCAUAGCCUUUAUGUGCUCCAUCCCCAUAAUCGCAGCCGGAAUCUGGCUAGCUUCCAAGCCCGACAACGAGUGCGUCCGCUGGCUCCGGUGGCCGGUCGUCUUCGCCGGCGUUCUCAUCCUCCUCGUUUCCUUACUGGGCUUCGUCGGCGCGUACUGGAACAAGCAAUCACUCCUCGCUCUUUACCUAUGUUUCAUGGCCAUCCUCAUAGUCCUCAUGCUCGUCUUCCUUGUCCUCGCCUUCGUCGUCACGCGCCCCAACGGCGCGUAUGUGGUUCCCGGGAGAGGGUACAAGGAGUACAGGCUUGAAGGGUUUUCGUCGUGGUUGAGAGAUCAUAUUACGAGUUCGGAUAAUUGGGGGAACUUGAGGGCUUGUUUGGCUGCGUCUCAAGUUUGUCCCAAGCUUAGUCAGGAUUAUAUUUCUGCUGAGCAGUUCUUUGCUGCUCAUAUCUCUCCUCUUCAGUCAGGAUGUUGUAAGCCUCCAAAUAUAUGUGGAUACCAGUAUGUAAACCCUGUAAUGUGGAUUAACCCGGCGACCACGAUUGCGGAUCCGGACUGUUCCAUUGGAACAAUGAUCCAAACCAAUUGUGCUACAACUGUGAUUCCUGCAAGGCUGGUCUGCUGGGGAACCUGAGAAGGGAAUGGAGGAAAGCUAACGUGAUUCUGAUUGUAGCGGUGGUGGUGCUGAUAUGGGUUUAUGUUAUAGCAUGCAGUGCACUCAAAAAUGCUCAGACUGAAGAACUCUUUGACCGAUACAAGAGAGGUUGGGUUUGAUUUGUAGAUUUUUAAAGGCAUCCCCAGGCUACAGACUCAUGGUUUUGAUUUGUUUUACUUUUCCUCCUUUAGUGCGAGUGUUUUUGAAUCCAGUGUAUAAAUUCCUCUGUACUGUUGUAUGCACACUAAAAAGGAACUGAAAGGAAUAGAAGUUGGAGGAUUGGGUUUGAGUUACCUGUUCCAUAUUCUUCCACUUAUUAUAGUGGCAAAAAGAGAAAAGAAUUGUUUUAGGUUCUUGUACCUUUUAUUUCUGUGGUCAUUGUCGCUUCUUGUCGACC